AUGGUGCGCAUCAGCGAGGACCUCAUCCGCCGUCGUGCUGAGCACAACAGCUUUGAGAUCUUUUCUCUGGAAGAGAUUUCACUACAUCAACAGGACAUUGAACGAAUAGAGCACAUCGACAGGUGGUGCCGCAACCUGAAGAUCCUCUACUUGCAAAACAACCUAAUUUCCAAAAUAGAGAACGUUGGCCGAUUAAAAAAGCUGGAGUAUCUGAAUCUAGCGCUGAAUAACAUUGAAGUAAUUGAAAACCUGGAAGGUUGUGAGGAUCUCCAGAAGCUUGACCUGACUCUGAAUUUCGUUGGUCAGUUAAGCAGCGUGGAGUCUUUGAGCCAGAACGUUCACCUCCGCGAGCUCUUUCUUGUGGGUAAUCCCUGCACUGAGUUCAAGGGUUAUAGGCAGUAUGUGCUGGCCUGCCUGCCUCAGCUUCAGAGGUUAGACGGCAAGGUGAUAACGCGAGCAGAGCGUAUACAGGUGCUGAGAACCUUUCAUGACUUGAAGAACGGUGUUCUAGAGCAAGAGACUGAAUAUAUAAGAAAGAGAGAGAAAGAGAGGAAAGAUGGUUUAAAGGAAAUCUCAAACUGUGUCACAGAGGACUUCCAGAAGAACUCCUCUGAGACAACUAAAGUGGACCGAGACCAAGUCUCAGAUCUUGACUGUCUUCCAAAUCAAAGUUCAAACUUAAAAGAUGAAGAGAGGAGUUUUUGGUACAAGCCAUGCACGUUUACUCCAGAGUCGAGACUGGAGGCAUAUCGCCAUCUAGAGGAGAAGAGGAGAGCGAAAGAGAAAGUCGGAGAGGCAGAGACGAAGCAUGAGACUUCCAAAACUCUGAUCACUCCUGAGGGAAGAGUCCUGAAUGUAAACGAACCAAAGUUGGACUUCACUCUCAUCGAUGAUGAAGAGAACAACUGUGUGCUUCUAAAUCUGCAUUUAUACAGGCAUCUGGACACCUCCUUGGUGGAUGUCGAUGUUCAGCCUACAUACGUGAGGGUGACCGUCAAAGGUAAGGUGAUCCAGUUGGUUUUACCUGCUGAGGUUAAACCAGACAGCAGCACCGCGCGGAGAUCUCAAACUACUGGCCACCUGCUUAUUACCAUGCUCAAGUUGCAUGCAGAGGUCAGAGUAAAAAGAGCAUCAGAUGGUGGCUGCAAAGAAAACGGCACUUCAGAGACCUCAAAGGGAAAGGACAGGGUGAUUCCUGGUUGCCAGAGAUUGGAUUUCAACCCCAGAGAAAGCUUUGCUGUACAACUGGCCAACAUUGUCCCUAAAGAAGCCUACACUGCACAAGGUCCCCUGCAGCUCUCCUUUGGGGUUGAAGCAAUGGAGAAGCCUGUCUCCAAAGACUUUGUGGAUGACCCUGACGUGCCUCCUCUCAUGUGAGAAACAGAAAAACAGGAAGGAUGCAGAAUUUAAUGCAGC